AUGUCACAAGUUUAUUUCGACGUUGCCGCUGAUGGUCAACCAUUAGGAAAAAUCACUUUUAAAUUAUAUGAUGAUGUUGUACCAAAAACUGCUGAAAAUUUUAAAGCUUUAGCUACUGGUGAAAAAGGUUUUGGUUAUCAAGGAUCAAUUUUCCAUAGAGUUAUUCCAAAUUUUAUGUUACAAGGUGGUGAUUUCACUAACUUUAACGGUACCGGUGGUAAAUCAAUUUACGGAACUAAAUUUGCUGAUGAAAAUUUCACUAAAAAACAUGAUAGACCAGGUUUAUUAUCAAUGGCAAAUGCAGGACCAAACACUAAUGGAUCACAAUUUUUCAUUACUACAGUUCCAUGUUCAUGGUUAGAUGGUAAACAUGUUGUAUUUGGUGAAGUUACUGAUGGAUUUGAUAUUGUUAAAAAAAUUGAAAGUUUUGGUUCAAAUUCUGGUGCUACUUCUAAAAAAAUUACUAUUGAAAAAUCAGGUGCUUUAUAA